AUGUCAACACAGAAGAGAGUUCUUGUCCCUGCUAGUCAAGAGAAUAUACUACAAUCUCAUGUCGGAGUGAUUCUUAUCACCCUUUGCGGAGUAGCAGGGCUUCUGGGGACAUUGGGGAUUUGUAUGUAUGGCUAUGUUAAAUUUCGACGAGCAAAGAUGGUUAAACUUGAGAAAAAGUUGGAACAUGAAAGAAUUAAAGAUUCCAUUGUUCAUCUUCCUAAGAUAACAACCGAUGAGACUUCGAGAAGGAGUAAAAGUUCGGAUGAUACUCUACCUAAGAGACCGACUAGCCUUGGGAAUGAUUAUGGAAUGAUUGGAUUCGGGAAUUGUCGAACUUCUUAUUUGGAGUCUAUCGCCGGAAGCUCGAAGGGCGUUUUACCAGGUGAUGUCGUUUUACCAGAGAAUGGAGCUUCAACAGCUAGGAAUAUCAGAGAUACUUCUGCAGUUUUGACGCCACCGAUGACGCCGGAUAGAUUCAGGCUUCCGACUAUACAGCAUUGGAACCUGCCAGAGGGCUGUCCAGGACUACCGGAGCCCUUGACGAUUGGGAAUACGACUCUGAUGGAGGUACCUAUUCCGCCCCCUUUGGCAAUCAGGAAGGAGGAGAAAGAGUUGCCGAGCCCACCGACAACUAGGGGGAGAAAAGUGCAAAGAUGGGAAGAGGCUGAUCCACCUUUAUUUGGAGCAGUUAAGAGGGCCUCUAUGAGACGGAGAGCUAGGAGUAAAAGCGAGGGCAUUGAAACAUCAAGCCUAAGAAGGUUUGGAGAACUUGAAGCAAGAAGAGGGAAUGCCCGAGCGAAGAAGGGAAAGUAUAAGAGAGGUAGAUCUACGGAUAGUAGUAAAAUCAUCGAAGGAUUCCCUUUUUCACAGAGUUUGAGUUAUGAAACUGUGCAACCAGGGUCUGAGAUGACAGUGGAGGUUGUUGAGCAAGAUGCAAUGAAUUUGGGACAUGAAGGGUACAGAGCUUCAAUUAUCGAGGCUUAUGGGAGAGAAGAGACUGACGAGGGAAGCGAGUAUGGUGAUGAAGAGGGGUAUCUGUGGAAGCCGCUACCGAAGCCGCCGAUAGAGAGUGGGUGGCCAGUAGGGAGAGCUGAGAUGCCGUGA